CUGGACAGAUCUGUCAAACCUGGUCGAACCAUGGUCGUUCCUGAAUUGUCACCGGCUUUACGAAGGGCCGUACAUCUCGUUCAGAGCUUCAGUCGGUGUCGGGUGACACGUGACACUUGGAGAUUCAGCCAGUGCCGAGCGUUCAGCAGGAAAUCGGAGGAGCUCAAUGGCGACGACGCCAAAAAGCCGCGGCCAAAGACGGAGCCGGUACCGAGAAUCACGCUCGUGUCACCAGACAACUCGAUCACCGUGACCGUGCUAGAGGAUGCCCAGCGUUUAGCGAAACGACGUAAUCUUACUCUCGUCAAGAUCACCGACCUUGAAAGCAAAACACAGCGGCCGCUUUACAAGCUGAUGAACAGCACCGAUGUCCUUGAAGACACGGAGAAAGAGGAGGACACUAAGGACAACAACAGGACCGCGGAGAAGUCGAGCAAGAGCACUAAACUGUUCUACGUAUCUAGUAAAAUCACCGAACAUGACCUGCAGACGAAGGCGAAGAACGUAGUGAAACUAUUGAGAAAGAACCAUAAGAUUAAACUCGUUAUCACCUUAGACGGCGUCAACGAGGGUAAGGUGCAAAGAGUCAUAGAGGAUGCUGUAAAAAACAAUGGCAGUGUCCAACGAAUGCCGUCAAAGAAGAAUGUUACUUUACUCGUAAUAAGUCCCUUACAUAAAAUUGAAGAUAGUUCUGUAGAUAAUAAAAUUGAGACUGAUAGCACCAGUAGUUAACAAGAGAUAACACAUGAGAAUUGUUAAUGUGACAAAUAUAUACAGAUGAUAAUUUAUCACUGUUGACAGAUGAAAAAAAGAUGAAUUCUUUGUAUUACUGAAAUAAUGGAAUAUAUAAUAAAGUAAUGUAACAUGUGUGUACAUAUUUUA